AUGCCGAAACUGCCGAACUAUUGCGAGUGCUCGGAGCUGGCUCCUCCCAGCUUCGAGGAGGCGAUGCGUCCGCAGGCCGAGGCCAGACCCGUCCGCCAGACGCACUCGUUGCCGUCGUCACCCGUCACUCCGCGACGCCACGGGCCAGCCGCGCUGCCCUCAUGGACGCCGCCACCGCCGCCCAUCUCGCCCGGCUUCCGACGAGUCCCGCUCUCCGUGCCCCCGGUCGGACACCGCCAACUGGCGCCUCAGCCGCCGCCGACGCUGUCGCCGGUCAGCGAGUCGGCGCUGUUCGAGCCCGCUCGCCGGCUUCUCCACCAAUCGGCCCACCUCAGACGACGACCCAUCACUCCGCCGCCGUCGAUGCCGACUCGCAGAGAGCAGAACUCGCCGACGGACUCGCCAAAAGCCAACGCCAACGCCAACGCCAACGCUGACGCCGCGUUGGCAGCACCGAUGAUCCUGCGCCGGAUCCCGUCCUACCACCUCUCGACGACCACGUCGAGCACAGAAUGCACCGGCCCGGAAGACCGUGAGGACAGCGGGACAUCGGCAUUCUCCGAUGCCGACUCGACCGGGUUCGGCCUCUCCGCGGAGUUCGACGGGUCUGGGUCGCGAGAACUCGACGCCUCCAAGUGGACCGAUGACUCAUGA